AGAUCUCUCUCCAGCGUCGUCAUCGCCGGGGACGAUGAAGUGCGUACAGAGGAGGGUGGAAGCGGCGUCCGGGUGAGUGAAGGAUGGCAGACUCGCCCCUCACCUGGAGGGCGGAAGGUGAGUGAGAUGGCGGUGACGGCAUCCAUCUGCCUCACCGCUGAUUGCAAUGAACUCACUGAAUUCGUUGUCUGUUCGUUCGAUCUGGCGGCAGAGUGCGUGUACACGGCGUGCUACUGCGAGGAGAACGUCUGGUGGCUCUGCAAGCGCCUCGAGGACUGGAAGAACCGGCCGCCCGCACCGCAAGAACGACAACAAGAAGAUGAUGAUGAUGAGGAUGAGGAUGAUGAUGUCGACAUCGCAGGUAGCAGUGGUGUGCGCCGCCCGCCGAUGCUGCCCCUGCCCCUGGAUGACCUGUCCGUGUCGGUCUCGUCGCCUCCACCCGGCCAGCAGCACUUUGUGGGUGAGUGGACGGGCUACGCCGUGUUCGUGACGAACCCCAAGCAGCAGACGGUCAUGUGGCGGCAGAAGAGGGGCCGCGGGGCCGAUGGGCUCAUCGUAUGGUCAGUGUGUGUGUCUGCAUGGCAUGGGCAGGGGAGGGAGGGGAGGGAGGGGCGGGUGGCACACAUUUGUUUGUCGCUGAUGUAUGUUUCUCUCUCCCUGCCUGCCUGUGUCUCGGUUGGUUCAUUUCAUUCAGGGACUACCACGUGCUGUUUGUGGCGACCCACCACCCGGCUGAGUCGCCGGCAGAUGACGAGACCAGGUCGCAUCGGCGGGGCGGCAAGCGGAGGAGGGGUGCGGGCAGCCACACCGGGCCCAAUGUUUACGUGUUUGAUUUCGACACCACCCUGGGCUUCCCCGUGCCAUUUGACGCCUACUCCGUCGAGGCCAUACGGCAGGUGCGGUGCGCCGACACUAACUAAAGGACAGUGCGUGGCGUGCUCCUUACAUAUGUGCUGACUGUUGCGGGCGGUGUGUGUGUGUGUGUGUGUGUGUGUGCAGGUGCCUCCCAAUCUGCACCGGACUUUCCGUGUGGUCGAGGCCUCGCUCUUCCUGGCGCAGUUCGCGUCGGACCGGUCGCACAUGCGCCGUCCCGACGGCUCGUGGCAGGCGCCUCCCCCAUCCUACCCCGUAAUACGGCCCCCUGACGGGCAGACAGACAUGAACCUCCACACCUACAGGGACAUGGACACCAACAAGGUGGGAGGGGACAGACGGGGAGGGGGAUGUGGUUGCAAAUCUCUUCUGUCCGGCCAUCUCUCUCUCUCUCCCUCUCUCUCUCUCUCUGUGUGUGUGUCAGGAUGGUUUGUAUGGGCGUGUGUAUGGCGAGAGCGAGUUCGUGAGUCUGUUUGGGUCUGAGAGUGGUGUGGGAGUGCUGAUGAACGGCAUUGGGGUGGCUCAGCCGGCAAUGUAGUGAGUGCAGUGUGGAUGCCUGUAGAAGCGUGAUACAUUCCAUUUAUGUAUCUGUGAGUGGGGGCCGGGGCGCUGGAUGGGAUGCUGCCCUGCCUGCCUGCCUGCUUCGGUCCAUGCCGGCGCGUGCGGCGGCUCCAC